CUGAAACUUCCCGAUAUUCCGCAGCAAACGAAAACAAAAUCCAGAAACAGAGAUGUUUAGCGUUCAACUGAGGUUUCCAGACGCUACAAUCUUCCAAUUCUCUUCUUCGACGUUUCGCCGUCAGCCUCAUUUGGCUUCUAUAUCUUCACAUGUUUCUUUGUCUUCCUCUUCUUCAUGGCGCCGAGCGACUGCAUCGGAUGCUCAUACGGAAACAUAUGAAUCACUUGAGAGAAGAUGGGAUAGCCUUGGAUUCAAUCCUGUGAAAACGGACUAUGUUUAUGUUAUGAAAAGUUCUGAAGACGGGAGCUUUUCAAAUGGCAGCUUAAGACAUGCUGAGAGAAGGUGCAUUUUCUUGAACUUUAAUAUCAUGCUGAGAGUUUUUAGAGAGAACCUCAAGGAGUCUUAUGAUUUUGCGAUGUUUAUUCGCUGCUCGAUCGGGUUAUUGCAGGGUGGAGUAUGGAGAGAGUGGAUUUGUGGUGUCUCAGCAGCUCUACUCUGCCCUAGCAAAUAUACAGAUGGGUCUUACAGAAGAUAAAAUGGGUUGGACUAGGGUGUUAAACUAGUUAAAACAUAUGCCCCAGUUCUCGAGUAUUUAACAUUUACAUUGUGGAACA